AUGGCACCAAGCACACAAGCCGUUUCGAACUAUCUCGCCAGCCUCUUCAGCCUCGCAGGCAAAGUCGCCGUCGUGACAGGAGGCAGUUCCGGAAUCGGACGAGAGAUGGCCAUCGCCUUAGGUCGCUCGGGGUGUCGGAUUGUUCUUGUUGCGCGACGGCCGAAACCGCUGCAGGAUACCAUUGAUCAUCUCGCCGAUCUGCACGUUACCGCUGAAGCUAUCGUCGCGGAUCUUGGCGACCAAACCUCUGUGCGAGACGCGAUUCAGGCUAUAAAGGCCAACGUGGGAACCCCCGAUAUCCUCAUCAAUGCUGCGGCUGUCAAUUAUAGACCGCAUAUGAACGAUCUGUCGCAAGGAGCAUGGGAUGAAACGAUUGCUGUCAACCUCACUGCACCGUUCACUUUAGGCCAGGCCUUCGGACCCAAGAUGGCAGAGAAUGGCUGGGGCCGCAUCAUCAACAUUAUUAGCCAACAAGCUUUCCGAUCAUACGGCAACAGCGGCGCUUAUGGAGCUUCGAAAGCCGGCCUCUUGGGUCUGACGCGAUCACAAGCAGAGGCCUGGUCUCGUCAUGGCGUUCUCUGCAAUGCUAUCGCUCCAGGCGUUGUAGAUACGCCGCUGACCCGUGUCACGUUCAACGUCCCUGCCAAGGCCGAGGCCCAUGCUACGAGAACGAUGAUCGGAAGGAAUGGUCUGCCGAGGGACUUUGCUGGGGUUGCUGUGUACCUGGCGAGUGAUGCAAGUGCUGCGGUAACGGGGCAGACGAUUUUUGUGGAUGGGGGGUAUUCUUCUACGUGA